AUCAAACUCAAAUACAAAUCCUAAAAUGAAGAGUUUCGGAGUUGUCGUGUUUCUUCUUGCUUUACUUAACUUGAAAAUCUGCCAUGGUGCUUUGCAAACAGGUUUUUACGUUGGCAAGUGUGGAAGGCAGAAUGUAGAAUCCAUCAUCAGAAAUGUUGUACGCCAAAGGUUUGCGAGGGACCCUACUAUUGUUGCUGCACUCCUCCGAAUGCAAUUCCACGACUGUUUUGUUACGGGGUGUGAUGCGUCCCUGCUCCUGAAUGGCCCUACAAGUGAAAAGACAUCGCCUCCAAACUUAAGUGUGAGAGGCUAUGACCUUAUCGAUCAGGCUAAAGCUGCAGUUGAGAGAGCUUGCCCAAGAGUCGUCUCAUGCGCUGAUAUCAUCGCCAUCGCUACUAGAGAUGCCGUCGCUUUGGCUAAAGGGAUAAAUUACAGAGUACAAACAGGACGGAGAGAUGGUUUGACUUCCCAAGCUAGAAAUGUCAACCUCCCAGGUCCUUCAAUUUCGGUCCCUUCUUCCAUAUCUUUCUUCGGCAGCAAAGGUUUCACUACUAGAGACAUGGUUCUUCUCAUUGGCGGGGGGCAUACUGUAGGGGUAGCGCAUUGUUCGUUUUUCCAAGAUCGGCUCUUCAAUUUUAGAAACACAGGUAGACGCGAUCCAUCCAUGAAUGCCAAUCUAGCUAAUACAUUGAGAGGAAGGUGUCCCAGAGGAUCACCGGUCGACAACAUAAUCAAUCUGGAUCAAACCCCCCGUAGUUCUUUUGUCGUUGAUAAUGGUUAUUACAGACAAAUAAGAGCCGGAAAAGGAAUUUUGGAAAUCGAUCAAGCCAUGGCAUUCCACCCUUCAACUAGAUCAAUCGUUUCUUCCUUGGCAAAUAAUGGGCGAACUUUCCAAACUCAAUUUGGUGCAGCCAUGAUCAAAAUGGGAGCUCUUCAAGUUCUUACCGGCAGGAAUGGACAAAUUCGAAGGACUUGUGGCGUCCGAAACUAGUCAUCAUUGUAAUUUAAACAAAACUCAUCUAUCUGUGCAUCUGUUUCCCCCAAGUGUGGGAGUAAUGGACUUCUAAAAUCCAGGUCUCCCUCAAAAAGACAUAAAAAAAAUUAGUGAUAUGUAAUUUAAUUUUAAACUUUAUUCUUUAUCGUAUCAUUUCUCUCA